AACGACAUAGAUUAUAACUAAAUGUUCUAGAAUUAGAGGGGACAACUACUCGCCUCUAAAUUAAGGGAUUGACGAAAUAAUGGAACGAGAUGAACGAACGGCGUCUAAUGAACGGAUGGCUUCUCGCGUAAACCUUCUUCUCCUCUCCCUUCCUUCCUCCUUGCCUCAACGCCGGAGCACCUCGGCUGCUACCGCUGCUUGGCCGAACAGAGCAAGACUUUGGCCGUUCGUCUCCAAGAGCCACCAAAGCUUCAACCACGGGCUUGUGCGUGCGUUCUACUCCAACCUACGCCGAGAAGGGGACGUCCUCAAGACGAGCAUCAAUCUCUAUGACAUAGAGAUCACGUUGGACACCCUCUCUCGCGUCUCAGGGCUGCCUACUCGGGGAGAGGAUAUCGCGACGUACGGAGGCGAAGAUUGGUACGUCAACAACGAAGGCGUGGUCCUUCGAGAGCUUGGCAUCACAACCCUCAUCCGGCACAAGGGCGCACCGACCAUUCACUCCACUCCUUUGGAGAAGAGGGUCCUACUCUACCUUCUCACCCGGGUUCUCCAUCCUCGGGAUCACAGCCACACCACCCUCUUCACCGAAGACGUCAAGAUGAUCCACGCGAUCAUGCACGGAGCCAACGUCAAUUGGGCCAAGUUCAUCAUGAUCAACAUGGCCGAUUGUGCAUCCAUUAGCACCGAGAGGAGUCUCCCUUAUGCUUUCCUAGUCAUGGAGAUCAUUGCACGCAACAACAUCCACAUCGCCGGCCCCGUCACCAAGAUGACCAAGCUUUGGCUCAUCAACGAUGGCACCUUCCGGAAGAAGUCCGGAAACCACAAUGGCGCAGGGACAAGCCGUGUCACUACCGCUGCCCCUGCCCGAGCUUCUCUUCAGUCUAUUGCUGACUCUCUCAACGCCCUCACGGUCAACAUUGAUGACAUGGGCCGUGCCGUUGAGCGCAUCGACCGGACUGUGCAGCGCCAGCGUCAUGAUAUGCGCGCCUACUUCAAACAAGUCCAAUACGUCCCUCCUCCGUAUGAUGGGACUUUCCUCGGCCAAGACUAUGAUGGCGGGGAUGAGGACGACGACUCCUAUGCUCCGUCGUCGUCACCCGACGAGGACGAGUUUGAUGAAGAGGUGGACGGCGAUGCCAUGGACGUUGAGGAUGACGAGAACAACGAUGAAGACUCCUAGACUUUCUUCACUCCUUAUCCUUAUUAUUACUAUGUUGUUUUCUUUACUAUUCCGUUGUAUUCCGCAUUUCCCUUAUCGUUAUUGAAUAAAAGUUAUCUUUUAAA